GAAGUGGUAUAAAUCAAGAUACAGAAAUGGAUGUGUGGGCAAAGUUGGCCAGGCUAAGAAUGGGGCAAUCAGAGGUGCAACAAAAGCUGAAAAAUGUAUAUGAAUAUAGGCUGAGGUGGCUUGGGCAUGUAAUGAGAAGAGAUGAUGUAAAUGUCAAAAGUGCAGUGAGAAUGUAAGAAGACAGGAAGACCAAAGUGGUGGUGAAACGAUACUGUGAAAGAAAGCUGAGGAGGUGCAGGUCCUGGCUGUGUGGAGGUUGAUCAUCAGACAAUACCUGGUUUUCAAUAGGAAAGCUGGCUUGACCAUUGAUGAAAGUACUAAGUAUGGGAAGAGCUGCACUGAGACCAUGACCCUCAGGAAAGAAGAUAUGCCCAUCUAUGGCCACUGUCCAGCGUAUGAUGAUUUCUAUCUGGUUGUAUGCAGCCAUUGUGGUCAAGUGGUGAAGCCUCAAGCCUUUGAGAACCACUGUGAGAGACGCCAUGGUUCUCUCACUAAAAUGUGUGGCAAGUCGUCCACUUCAGCUCCACAGCAGCGACCUCGACCUGGCCGUCCAGCUCCCAGUCUCUCUUCCUCUUUUACUAGAGAGAGACGUCAUGAGUCUGGUGCCCCAUUGGCAGCGCUGCCCGUUCAUCAGCACAGGCCUAUAAAGGCCCAGAAGGAGGCGGUCAGUUUAUCUUCAGCAGAGAAGUUCCCUCAGGAGAACCCUCACCUUCCACAUUCCUCCUCUACACCUCGCCCCAGGAUUUCUCUGUGGCAGUCAGGACCCCUGCCCCCUGGCGAUUGUUCUACCUCGUCAGCUUCCUCUGCUUCUUCUCCUUCAGAGAGACCGUCUGUGCAGAAGCCCACGGCUGGACAUUUCAGUGAAUCAGCAAGUCCUGUGAGGAGCACAAAAACCUACAGCCGGAGUUACAAAAACAGCAACAAGAAAGAAUGUGACCUGAACAAACACAGUGGGGUUGUGGAUCCAGAAAGGAAGAAGCAGUGCACCGGACAGCUCAUAUGCAAUACUGAGCCCAUCCACCAGCAGCAGAGUGCGCUGAGCAGGAGCAAGACUUUUGAUCAGCUGGCAAGAGAACCGAGAUCUUCGUCAGCCGGAGGAGAACAGGAUCAACACUGCGUGAAACUAAAAAUUGCUGAGCCAUCCCUGGAAGCUUUUGAAAAGAAAUCAGCAACUCCGUCCAGCAAAUACAACAUUCACAGCAACUGCAAUAUUCUCAGGUCCAGUGAUCCAACAGAAAGCUUACCAGAGGACAAUAACAGCCACACUGUAGAAAUGGAUGUACACCCUCCCUAUCCCUUCAACCAGAGCCUGUUGUCGAGUGAGGAGAGUGAAGAUGAGGAGGAGGAGGACUCAGCAGACCUGCCUGCCACACCUUGGCACCCCAAACCCCUUGGGCUGUGUACUUUUGGAUGUCGCUUAUUGGGCUGUAGCAUCUUCACCUUUGACCGGCGUUUGCACCACCUACGGGUUGCCCUAAGUGCCAUGGUGGAGAACCACAUUAGCACCCACGUGUGGAAGAAAUUGCCCCAGGUAUCAACAAAUCUCAGGUCACAUCAUGUCACACCUGCUGCGGGAUCACCUGUUCGGACCGGGGCCAGAAUUUCCCAGCCCACUGGCUCCCUCAGCCUCGAGUCGACCCCGCUGGAACAGUUUGAGCCCACGAACAGUCAGCACAAAUCACACAGUACGAAAGUUCUUCCCCCAACCAGCUAUGCUAGCUUUGGGCGACUGAGCAAGAUGCAUGUGAAGGAGAUGGAGCUAACGCGAGAUUCAAGGGCAAAGAAAGCUACUAGGUUGUUCCCCAGUGAUGAGGACUGUGUCUCCAGAUACGCUGGGGAUCGCACACUCCAUGCGAAGGACCAGCCACACCUACCGUCUCCCCAGACACCAGUCAAUGGUGCCUUCUCAUCAGGAAAGAAGCCACUACAGCCCACAGACAGAGACUCAGCCUCAUCUUUGUACAGUCUGGAGAAAUGUUCUCCUUUACCGGCACAUCACCAUCUGGCCCACAGUUCCCCACAGAGCAAAGGCAGAUCCUCGGGAAUUCAGCGUAAAGCAGUGGGCUGUGACAGCAGGGAUCUUCUCCAGAAACGCAAGAGCAGCAGUGAGUCAUUGCUCCAUCACACCUCACCAUCCAGGACAUCCAAGGUCCAGCGGUCCUCCUCUCCUCCUCGUUCUAUCCGCCCCUCCUGGAAGGGAGUGGGCAUCAGGGAAGUACUGGCUUGCAGCCUGGAGAAGAGUUCAGAUCCCUGAAGGCAGCCAAGAGUCCAGCCUUAAAACUACCGCUUGGAGGAGAAACCUGCUGCAGGUCACAGCUGCUACCAGCACACAGUUUUUGAAUGUGUGGUGUACAAGGGGAGGGAAUAAGUCAUGCUUUUUCCCCCUGUACAUUUGCAAGUGUGUAUGUAUUAUUGUAAGAUGUUUAUUAUAUAUUUUUUCUAUGUGACAAAAUUAGAAAUACCUCAGUCCACUCGUCAUGCUGCUGAAAUUAAAGGUCACGUUUUACCAAAAGCAGUUAACAUUUUUGGA